UUGCCUUUCAGUAACAAGCACACCAGCAACUCUUUUAGAACUUUACAAACUCCAAGCAAAAUUUCGAUCAAAAUUGUGACCGCUGGGAUAAGAAACAGUACGGAAAGAGGUCGAACCAGAACGACUUCAAAACAUUUUGCGUCUUCAUUGCGUCACAGGAAAAAGUGCCCGUGUUCAUUUUUUUCGCUUGUCUGUCGACUGUAGGAAUCAGCCCGUACAUGACGAGGUUUGUACAAUAAACUGCGAGUUUUGUGUAAAUGGGGGAGUCUUAUGUUCUCAGUUUAGAGAGAACAUCUGUUAUAGCACAUCUGAACACUGCCAACUAGACAAGUUACCUUCGAUUUGAAGCACACAAGGCUGCGUUUGUUGUUAGCUGGCUAACUUGCCAGCUGCGUUAAAGAAAAUGGAACAAGCCGUGAGCCGAUACCAAGUGUUGCACAACGAGGAUGACUCCUCCGAGGCGUGUGGCAGCGCUGAACCGUCCACCUCCGCCCAGGCCGCCGCUUCAGCCAUUACCCCUAGUGACCCUGUUGCCAUGCCGACAGAGGCGGAGGCCCCGCCCCCUCCCUACGCCAGCGUGGCAGUAGGAGCCACGGCCGCUCCAGACAGCACUUUUCAGGCCGACUUUCCCGUGCCGCCCCCCUACAGCGUGGCCACCUCGUUGCCAACCUACGACGAGGCCGAGAAGGCCAAAGCCGCUGCCAUGGCGGCGUCCGCCGUGCAGGUCAUUCCUCAGGAUGAUGAUUUUCUACCCCGGGAUGACUUAAGUGAUGCUGAUCAGCUAAGGGUGGGAAACGAUGGCAUCUUCAUGCUGGCCUUUUUCAUGGCCUUCCUCUUUAACUGGAUCGGGUUCUGUCUGUCUUUCUGUUUGACCAACACCAUUGCUGGCCGAUAUGGGGCCAUAUGCGGCUUUGGCCUCUCCCUCAUCAAGUGGAUCCUCAUCGUGAGGUUUUCUGAUUACUUCACUGGAUACUUUAAUGGACAGUAUUGGCUCUGGUGGAUUUUCCUGGUGCUUGGUCUCCUCCUCUUCUUCCGAGGAUUUGUCAAUUACCUGAAAGUACGUAACAUGUCUGAGAACAUGGCCACUUCUCACAGGACACGCUUCUUCUUCCUCUACUAGAGGUUGCCUCGCCAAACAUUCCUCCCUAAUGUGAAAUUCCUUGAUGAUUUGCAACCCGUCAAAUGAACUGGACUGGAUCCCAGGGGGGAAAAAAAACGAAGAGGAAGGGGGGGGGGUAGUGAAAAAAAAAAGAGUGCAUCAGAGUUGCCAAAAAAAAUUAGAACCCCUCAUUAAAAGUCAAAUGAACUGGCACGUCACUUUCAUAAAUGAGUAUAUAUUAAACCACCUAAUUCUUCUUUUUUUUUUUUCUUUUUCUCUCUAAUAGUCUCUCCCUUUGACUUCUUAGAUGGUCUUGUAUUUAAUAAUCAGUUGUAGAAAUACUUUGGGAAACAUCAACAACAGUACUGUUCCACCCUGCUAAUUAACAGCCCGUUCUUUUAAUAUCGAAUGCACAGUGACAGGAUGAUUCGAGUCAUUAAAACAUCAAAGAAACGACUUGCCAAAAAAAAAAAAAAAAAGUUAUAAAAAUACAUAUAUAAUGUGCAUAUGCGAUCCUAUGCAACUGUGUUCAUUGUUCCUCACAGUUUGGACUUUUUAACAGAGGAGACUGUUUACUCUUUGCUCUCGGUUGAUUUCCUUCUCUCCCAUUAUGGAGCUUGACAAGUCAUUAUUGCAUUGCAGUAUUAGAAUACUCUCUUUCAAUUUUCCUUUCACUUUUUGGUUUCCAUGAUUCGACGCGUACAUUAAAUUGACAAGCUUUUACCAAUUUUAAGAUAUGUUUACACUAUGCGAAGGAUUUCUCUCUCUUUUUUGUUUUUCCCCUUAAGUUGUGACUGGACUUAAGCUAUGCGUAAAUAGCUCGUUGUGUCGAUGAGUCCAAACUGGAAUUUGUACUUAUAUUGAAAAUAUAUAUUUGCCUUUUGCACCUUUUAAGUUGUUUUUUUUUUUUUAAUAUCAUAGGUGUCAUUUUUAGAUUGUUAUAACUUUGCUCAAACUGUGACCUCUUGUGUCUCGCUAAGCCAAUUACUUUAAUGCCUUGAAUGCUAUGUUUACCAUUUACUUUAUUCCACAAAUGCAACUUCAGCAAUAUCAGAUCUUUGAUGAAAAUAAUCAGAGCAUGGUUGAUUAGGUUGUGCUAAAAAAAAAGUUUGAAAAAAAGUAAAAAAAAAAAAAAAAAAAAAAAAGCAACCCUUUAAUAUUAAGGGUAUGUUAAAUAACCAAACUACUUUUGGUCUGAAAGUGAUUUUUGACAUCUCUAAUUGACAGAGAUUCGCCUGUGCAACAUGUUCAUAAUUCUCUUGUCUUGCAAAAUGCCAAUAAAGUUCAAAAUGAAUCCUGGA